AUGCGUAACAUGAUUCAAGACGCCUUAAAGAAAAGAGACUUCUCAGAAGACGCACUAAUUUUGGCCAGGGCUGCUUCUAUAAUAAGGAAAGACAUGUCGGUGUCAAGACACGUCACUGCCAUCAAGUCUCAAGACCCUCAUUUCCUUAAUUGUCAAUGGAUCCAACUUGAAAAACCAAGAGAAACAAGAGUCCCAAGCAUGCCUCACUAUUGGCCAGGCCAUAGUCUUUAACGCUAAGAAACGAUCAACUGCUGAUCCAGAGGCAAAACCAAGACAUUCGUUAGAGCGCGAGCCACCACUCCCUGUUUACAUUGGCUUGAACACACAUGGCCUGACCAGAAGUAAGCAUCUCAUCAAUCAGUUGCACCAGCUGGGAAUCUGCAUUUCCUACGAAAGGGUUUUACAGCUUGAAGAUUGGAUUGCAGGUCACUAGUAUCUCUAGCAUCAUAAGGAAGAUGGGGAACCCUUUCUUGGCCGAUUUUUCAGAUCUUGUGUCCUAGACAGUCGAGAUUGCGCUGAUGAAUCAGUCAUAGCAGCAUCGUACACCCUUGAAGACACAGGGAAGGGAUAAUACAGUAACUUUGUCAAAGAAGCACUGGAAGAACGAAAACGAUCUGUUCAUGAACCCAUUAAUUUAAACAAGCCAGCACUAUUCAGAAAACCCAGUCCAAAGAUUAAGUCGAAGCAAGGAAGGAGGAUUAAAGCUCUUGAAAAUAAUGUGUCUCUUUUUGGUCAGUUGUAUAUCUCAAUGCAGAGCCGUGAAGGGUAUUUGGAAGAAUUCUUUUGUCAUGAAGUCCAAUCCUUUCCUCCCUCAUUGUCAGAGUUCGGCAAACUUUAUUUGCCGGGUACAAAGUCUGAAUUUAUGAAAUGCCUUGAGCCACUACAUGAAUCUACGCCACCUGAAACAUUCAGCUGUAAAGUAUUAGAUGGUGCUGUCAUCGUACACUGCUUGUCCAUCGCUGGAAUUACAACAUUCAAAGAAUACACAGAGAAGGCUUUCAUCCCUCAUCUUCAGAGUCACCUACAAGGAACAGAGAGGUUGGACGUUGUAUGGGACACAUACAGACCGGAAAUUUUAAAGGAGUCGACUCGUCAGAAGAGAGGAAAGGGGGUCCGCAGAAAGGUAUCCGGAGAAACCAAGUUACCACGAAACUGGUCAGACUUUCUGCAUGAUUCAUCAAACAAGAAAGAGCUGUUUGACUUUCUAACCUAUAAAGUGGCAAACUUUGUCUUCCCCGAGGGAAGGGCCGUUUACAUCACUUCGGAAGAGUCAGUGCUAACGGUAUGCUCAUCCAGUUCCAUGCCAAACCGCAAUCAUGAAGAGGCCGGCGCAAGAAUUGUGGUUCAUGCACUACACGCACUUCAACAGGGAUUGACGACUGAGCAAGUUCGCACUGUGGACACUGAUGUUGUUGGUGUCCUUAUUGGUGUCUUUCACAAGCUGUUACUGUCACAGCCCAAGGCUGAUAUUUGUGUCGCUUUGGAGUCGGAAAGAACUACAGACUUUACAGCAUCAAUGCUCUGUCCACAAGCCUUGGCACAAAAAGGUUACAAGCACUACCAAUGCUUCACGCGUGAUUUCUGGAUGCGACACAACCUCUGCUUUUUGGGGAAAAGGGAAGAAGUCGUUCUGGCAAGCUUGGAUGGCGUUUGAAGAGGUUACAGACACUUUUGUCUACCUAGCUUCCAUCCUUUUGAGCCCCUUGAUUCCAACUGUGAGAAUUUUUGUAAGAUUGAGCGGCUGAUCGUCCUCGUCUAUGACAAAACGAGCACUUCACUUUCAAUCAACCAGACAAGGAGGGAACUGUUCUGUCUAAAGAACGUCACAAUGGAAAGGAUGCCACCGACGCAGAAUGCCCUCCUACAACACACGAAGAGGGCUGUCUACCAAGCUUUUAUCUGGGUUAUAAGUACCCAAGUACAGCAGAUGAUUCCUUCCCCAAGCGACUAUGGCUGA